CCUUAUUCCCGUCGAGUCAAUUGACCCUCACGAUUCUGCCUACGGUCCCAGCUGAAGCCAGCGUUUGAACUUUAUUAUUACCUGUUUGAAGGACAUGGGUUACAUUGGAAGCCAAAUAUAACUAUAGCUGCUCCUCCCUACCCCCCAUCCCAUUCCCUCAUCGUCUGCAUACCCGACGGAAACACCCAUAAUUUACCAGUCGCCUGGUGCUCUGUACGGUACACACGCUUGAGUUGUCAACAUGAGCAUGUCGCGUGCGCUAUCCCUUCCUCUGCGGAGGGCGUCUGUCACUUCUCCUAUCCUGCGUUUGUCACCAUCAGCUUUCACAGCUACUAGAGCUUUCUCGAGUUCGUUACGACGUGAUGAUACAUGGGGGUUUAUCGGAUUAGGACAAAUGGGCUACGCCAUGGCCAAGAACUUACGCGCUAAAAUCCCCGCAUCCGACACACUAAUCAUCCGCGACAUAAACGAAAACACCGCCAAAAGAUUCGUCGAAGAGAACGAAGAAGCUGUCCGGAACAGUGGAGCCAAGGAAGGCACCUCCAGGGUGCUUAUCGCCCAAAACGCGCGAGAAAUAGCAGAACAAUCGACAGUGAUAGUCACCAGCCUUCCAGAACCCGAGCACGUCAAGAAUGUCUUCUACUGUAUGCUCCACCACGGCGAGCUCCCGGCCCUAGAAAAGGAGCGCUUGUUUAUCGACACCUCCACAAUCGACCCAGCCUCGUCCAGAGAAAUUGCCAAUGCAAUCCACACAACGCGCCAAGGGCGAUUCGUCGACGCCCCGAUGUCAGGUGGAGUAGUGGGCGCCCGUGCCGGCACGCUAUCCUUUAUGUUUGGGGCUUCAUCGCAGACCGGCGAGCUUGUCGAUCGCGUUCAGUCCGUUUUGAUGCUAAUGGGCAAGAAGGCCUGGCACAUGGGUAAUUCGGGAACAGGUGUCUCCGCAAAACUAGCCAACAAUUAUCUCCUGGCCAUCAACAACAUUGCUACCGCCGAAGUUAUGAAUCUGGGAAUCCGUUGCGGGCUCGACCCCAAGGUCCUGGCCGAUAUGAUUAACACGUCGACUGGUCGCUGCUGGCCGAUGGAAAUCAAUAACCCAGUACCGGGCGUGGUCGAGACCGCGCCAGCGUCGCGCGAAUAUGCCGGUGGUUUUGGCAUUAGUUUGAUGAAUAAAGAUCUUCGACUGGCGAUUUCCGCUGCGGAGGAGUCUGGUACUCCUCUCGCCCUGGCCGAUAAGGCCCGGGGGGUGUAUAAAGCGGUGGAAGAUGAGCAUCGAGGUAAGGACUUUUCCGUGGUGUACAAAUGGCUACAAGAACAGUCAGCUACUCAGUCGUAGUAAACUAUGAUUGGACUGAAAUUGGUUAUUCUUGGUUGAUAUUCCUUUAGCGUGGCACUGUUUUGGGAACCCUAUAUAGUUUUUGUGUUUUUUUUUUUUUCUUCCCCUUUACGUUCUAUGCGAUGAUUUAUGCAGCCGAGUUAGAAUUGCAUUUGCGGGCAAUUGAACAAACAUUACGAAAUUAUA